CGCCUUUUACUUUUCUGCUGCCAUGUUUUGUUUCUUACUUUUCUUUUCAUGUGAACUAUUCCCUCUCUCUAUUUGCUUACGUCUCACACUUGUCCCGUCAUCUAUCCGGUCACGGCUUUAUCCCUUCGAAACAAAUACACACAGCGUCUUUCUUCCAUCCAGCCACAGUUGAUCGUCUCUCUGGCUUGUGAGAAUUGAGAAUACCCGGACCCUCCCCAAUGGAUACCUGGCCUCCGGUACUCGGUACCUCAUUCCCAGUUCUCUCCCUCCCUCGACACUGUACUCCAUCCACAAGUACCUGAUAAGGGGCCUCUGGCAGAGGCAAUUGGUGGCUGCUCGACCGCUAGUCUCGGCCGGUUCUGGAUGCUGAGUGGCUGCACGCCCCGAGGCUUUGCUCAUUGAUUUGUGUCAUUGCAUUUGAUUGCCAUGGACCCUAAAAAUUUACAUAAACGCCUCACCAAGUUUUUCGACGCCGCGGUGCUGGAGCCAGUCGCUCUGCUCCGAUUACCAUCCGAUGACUGGCGAUAUGACUGGUUUCUGUUUGUGGUUUUGAGUUGUUUUCCCACGAUCUGGCUAUUUUUCCAUUUUGCGGAGAUGCAGGCGUGAUCAAUUCCAGCAGGUCCAUUACUUUCAUGUUGCUUGGUACUCGUUCCUACAUGUAGCAUCCAUCAGUCUGACAGGCAGCCCAGUCCCUCCGAUGC